CAGUACUGAACUGAUAAAGAACAAAAAUGGAAACUAUAGCGGAACAGAAUGGUAUAUUUCCGAAGCUAAACGUCGAAGAGGAGCCUGAACUAAGUGCCACGGAGGUGGAGUCCAUGUGCAUGAAUUGUCAGGAGAAUGGUAUCACUCGACUACUGCUUACUCAAAUACCGUUCUACAAGGAAGUGGUCAUCAUGUCUUUUUCCUGCGACAACUGCGGAUAUGAAAACAAUGAAAUCCAACCGGGUGGUGAAAUCGCCCCAAAAGGGAUUGAAAUUCGCACCACGAUCGCGUGCGCUCGCGACUUGAAUAGGCGCGUUGUUAAGUCUGAUUAUUCCAGCAUUCGGAUAGAGGAGCUUGAUUUCGAGAUACCUGCCCAGUCGCAAAAAGGCGAGGUAACUACCGUCGAAGGUAUCAUUGAUCGAGUGGUGCGGGGCCUGGAUCAGGAUCAGCCCGUACGUCGGAUACAGCACCCGGAGGCUGCUGAACAGAUCGACAACUUCAUCGUAAACCUACAGGGGCUAAAGGAGUUGGAUAAGCCGUUCAUGCUAACGAUUUCGGACAUUUCGGGAAACAGCUUCGUUGAAAAUCCAAACGCCCCGCAAAAGGAUCCGGCGACGACGAUAUCGUACUUCCAGCGUACUAAGGAGCAAAAUCAUCUAUUGGGCAUUUUCACGCACGACGAAGUUGCUGAUGAACCCAGUAAAUCAGAUGAAGCAUCAUCUAAACGGGAAGCUGAUAGUGGGGAAGCAAACAGGCUGCUCAAGCCAAUCCAGGAGGGUUCCUGGCCCCUUGAAGAGCUUCAGGGAGAGGUGCUCCAGUUCCAAACCCAGUGUCCCGAGUGUGCUGCUGCAUGCGAUACCAACAUGAAGGUCACCACUGUGCCGCACUUCAAAGAGGUCGUAAUUAUGGCCACCGUUUGCGAUAACUGUGGGUUGCGCACGAACGAAGUGAAACCUGGUGGCGGAAUCGAAGAGCAAGGGGUAAAGAUUGAAGUUACCGUACGAGGAAAGGUAGAUUUUGCACGUGAUGUGCUUAAAUCCGAGUCCUGCAGCUUGAUGAUUCGCGAGCUGGAAUGUGAGGUUGGAGCUGGAGCUCUUGGGGGACGGUUUACUACGAUCGAAGGUUUGCUGACGGCCAUGCGGGAACAGCUAGUCGAAAGCACGGGUAUGUUCAUGGAUUCCAACGACGUGGAGACGAAAGAACGGAUGGACAAGUUCUUUGGCCAGCUGGACACGGCUAUCGCGGGCAAUAAGCAGCUGACGAUAGUGAUGGACGACCCGACGGGUAACAGCUACGUGCAGUCUUUGAAUGACGAUGGAACUCCGGAUACGGCUUUGCGGAUAAUUCGUUACCAUCGAUCGUACGACCAGAACGAGGAGCUGGGUUUGAAUGAUAUGAAAACCGAAAACUACGGCGAAGAGGACAUCGAUAAAACAGAACAAGGUGAUUGCUGA